CAUUAGCAUUGUUAACGAUUGACUUAACUAUAGAAUUAAUUAAGACUUGUAGAUUGACUACAAUAAUUAUUCAUAUUCAAUAGUUUCCAAAUUGCAUUUGUUCACGCCUCUAACAUAAAUUCUUCACUAAAACUGGGGACAUACCUUAAUUAGACACAUCUUGAAUUAUAAGUAUCGUCACACUACUGAAUUACAAGCCUCAUUGCAUCGUUUUAAUCAACUAUAAUAAUGGGUAUUAACAAUCCAAUUCCAAGAAGCUUGAAAAGCGAAUCAAAAAAAGCCGCAAAAGUUCUUGCAUCAUUUAUAAAACCAAAUCAAAUAGCAGGAGCUGAUCAAAUCAUUCCUCCUAGAAUAUUAAAAAAUGCUAAAGGUUUAGCUAUUAUAACUGUUUUGAAAGCAGGAUUUUUGUUUUCUGGUAGAGCUGGUUCAGGGGUCAUAGUUGCAAGAUUACCAGAUGGAUCUUGGUCACCUCCUUCAGCCAUUGUAACAGCCGGUGCAGGUGUAGGUGGUCAAAUUGGUGCAGAAUUAACUGAUUUUGUCUUUAUUUUAAAUACAAAGGCAGCUGUUGAUUCUUUUGCUCAAUUAGGUUCAGUAACUUUAGGUACUAAUAUUUCUGUUGCUGCUGGACCUUUAGGUAGAAAUGCUGAAGCUGCUGGUACUGCAUCAUUAAAGAGCGCUUCUGCAGUUUUCGCUUAUUCAAAAACAAAGGGUUUAUUUGCUGGAGUAUCAUUAGAAGGUUCUGCUAUUGUUGAAAGAAGAGAAGCAAAUAGAAAAUUUUAUGGUAAUAAUUGUAAAGCUAGAAAUAUUUUAGCUGGUCAAGUUGAAGCUCCACCUGCUUGUGAUACAUUAAUGCGUGUAUUAGAAAGUAGAGUAUUCAAUAAUAGAUUACCAUAUGAAGAUGAUGGUGACUAUGAUGAUGAUUACUAUGAUGAUAUUCCAGAUGAAUUUUCUGACUCAAACUCUUCAGCUUCUCCAAGAAGAAGAAGUAGUCGUGGUGGUUCAAGAAGAUAUGAUUAUUCUGAUGAAGAAGAUAAUUAUUCAGAUUCUGAUGAAGAUGACUAUGGUCGAAAUAGAAGACGUUCUUCAACUAGAAACACAUCCUAUAACUCUAAUGGUUUUAAUGGUGGAAAUAGUGGUGUUAGUCAAAAGAAAUCACCUUCUAAUUGGGAAGAUGAUAUUUAUGAUUCUGGACAAGCUGGUAGAAGAAGAGGUGGUAGUCGUAGUGGUCAUGAUGAUGUUGAUCAUUUAAGUAAUAGAUUCAGCAACACCAGAUUAUCAAAUUCUGGACCUUCUAGACCUCCAGUGGCAUCGAAACCAAAUUUCGGUGGUGCCGCAAAAUCGAACACAACCCAGGCUAUUGCCUUAUAUACUUUCAAAGGUGAACAAAGUGGAGAUUUACCUUUCAAAAAGGGUGAUGUUAUAGAUAUUAUUAAGAAAUCAGAAACUGUAGAUGACUGGUGGACAGGAAGAAAUAAUGGUGCUACUGGUAUUUUCCCUGCAAACUAUGUUGAAUUAAUUUAGUUUCUUUCAGUGUCUUAUAACUAUCUUUCAUCCUUUGAUACACUUAAAACUUUCACAUAUUUGGAUUAACAACUUUUUUAUUUUCCUUUUUGUAUUGAAUUCAUUCAUCAACUGUUGUUUUAUUGUUUAUAGAAACUUCGUGUAUUUGUUUAAAUUUUUAAUGUACAUUCAAAAAUUAUAAUAUGAUUAUAAUUAUAAUUAAUCUAUGUAGAUAAAGCAAGCAAGAGUCUCAAAUUAUUCUUUUUAAU